UUUACAGUCAAUUUAUUUUUAUAAGGGGACAGAGAUUUUUUUGUAGAAGCAUAGCCCAACAAUAAUGUAAAACAUAAUACUCAUAAAAUGGAAUUCUUGUCAAAACAGUGCAUUGUCAGAGUAUGAUCACAAACCAGAUAACAGUUAGUGUGCAGGUAUCAUGCUUGUGAAAGACAAAAGGCCAUUAAUGUACUUCUAACUCAGCCAGUUCUCUGCUCUGGUGCCCUAUGAAAAGGCAUCACCCACACUGUGCCAUGAUGGAGACACUGCAGGAGCUACCUUUCCCUUUCUUUCCCAUGAGAAAAGUUCAUGGACUUGCUUCCUGAUGCUGGUUAUCAGUGCAGCCACAGCAGCAAAGUGCUCCCACUGCAAACCUACGUUCCCUGGUGAGUGUUACAAUACUCCCAUUCCAGAGUUAAAAUCCCUGCAAUUGUUUUGAUUUGAAGGAGAUGUGUCUAUUUAAAGUGACCUGUGACAUUCAGAUAUUCCCUAAAAACAGUUAUCUCCAGGACUUCUUUCAUCUAGGACUGCACACCUGCCAGCCUGGCACUUGACUAGAGAAGACCAUAGCAUGAUUUCUCCUCUCAAGAUUAAGCAGAGAAAGCCGAAAAUCAGGACAUAAUUUAAAGCUAAGACUUUUUCCUCUAAGCCUCUGAUUUAGCUUAAGAUAUGGAAAUUCAUUAUAUUUGCAUAUGAUACACUCAAGAAAAAAAAUUAAGUCUAUUACUACACAUCCUAGUCUCAUUUAAAAAUGAUGCAAGUCUGUCUUUAGGGAAAAAAAAUGAGUAGUCCCCAGAGCUUUUCACCAAAAAAUCCCCAAACUACUCUGCAAUUCCCUGGCAGAUGACCAACAGAGAAUCAAAGAACUUGCAAAGCCACAAAAGCAAAGGGCUGUUAGCAAGCGCACCAGUACUCUUGGGUGAUUUGCAGCUUCUCAGAGCAAUGUUUGCUUACAAGAAAAAUGAACACGGGAUAUUAUUGACCUGUUCAACCUGUUACUUCAAAUAUACACAGCACAGGGCAGCUUAGGUUAACACUCACACAUCCAGGCUCUUAGCAGAGCCAGUGGUGACUAUUUAUUUGAAAACACAUGGACAACAAAAGUUUACAGUUUUGAAACUUGGGAUUUUUGAUGGAGACCAUUGAAGAUGAUACUACUAUAAUGCUUCGUACCACAAAAACUCUGGAAAAUGUAGAGAGGAGGCAUGUAAGUGUUUACAGAUCCUGUAAUGUCAGCGAAUGCUCAAUAUAGAGAACCUUAAAAGAAAUGAGCUCUAGAAUAGGUGAAGUGUUCACAUCUUGAUGGACUACAAAGAACUCAUCUCCACCUAUUUCAUGAUCUGUAGGGACUCAAGAUUCCUCAUUCCAAACUUUAAGGGACUCAACUAGAAAUAUGUCAGGGGAACUGGACAUCAGUUUUCCUCCUCAUUCAAGAUAUCUGGAAGUUAUUUGUUUAGUCAUUGUCAUGAUCCCAUUUGAAUGGUCUACUAACAACUGGCAUUUUCUCCCACACACAAACUAACACUUUUAUAGAAGAAUACCACAUUUUCCGUUGUAUUCCUUCUCCUAUUAUCAACAGUACAGUCUGAAGUCAUAAUCUCCGAAUAAAUAUUAGUAGUUUGUUUUACUACUGUAGAACACUGGCAUUUGUUAGAAAGAGAAAAUAGUCAAACCAAACACACAAAUAAAUCAGAGUGAAACAUUAUUUCUCUGUCUAGGAAUGACAUUUAUAUAGCCAUUUAGUUGACUCACAGAAUUCAGCAGGCAAGCUUUCCUGCUGCCGCUAGUUGCAAGUUUUACUUCAGCCCAUGGUGGGGUUCCUUGUGCAGAUGUGUGUGAUGGCUGACAGAAGACGGGUGACAAGGUUUAACCAUCCAUGACAGCUCUGCAGUCUGUUGAACUCUUCAGUGACAGCAGCAUUUCCAUGCUGGUGUCACCCACCUCUACUGAAAACAGACCCCUGUCUGCAAACCUGAAAUUUUGUGGCAGGGGCUUGCUCUCAGGCAGAGCAGUUCUAGAAGAAAUAGAAACUGUUCUGGAAUGCAUCUAUAAGUCACCAUACUGAUCCUAGAAAAUAGAGUUUGACACACAAGAUGAUCCUGCAUUGGCUCCUUGGCUAUAAACUCACCCUCAACUGUAAUCAGGGGUAAUUUUCAUGUGUGGACCAUCUGAGAGGAGAGAUGUAUUACAACAUUCAGAACUGGCCCCUCUGCUUCCACAGAAAUGUAUAGUAGUAACGCUCAUUGCUGAACUAUAAAUUUCUGAAAUCCCACCUUAGGAAGGUUUUGUGUAUCAGGAUGUAGCCACCUGUUCUAUAGUAUAAAUGACUACAAAAGAACCUGUACAGCGAAAUUAAGAACAGUAAUCUGCAGUAUUGUAAGGAUGCUAUGCAGCAAAGAAAGUCCUCUGUAUCUAGAAAAUAGUGUCUCAGUAAUGCUACUCACAGAUUUUGAAGUACUAACAGGCAAAUCACCUGACUGGCAGCUAACUCAUAAGCAAGUGCUGUUUGUUCAGAGCUUACUAAAUUUUGAACAAUGUGGCUGCUAAUGAAUCAGUGUUGCUCAGUGUAGUACAGUGCAGAUUAAUUAACUCCCUUUAAGCCCUCCCCAGACUUUAACCAUUACUAUAGAUAGAUCAGUGCAAAGUAUUUCUUCUAUGUGCUGCAGUGAUUUAAAAAGUGCUGUUCCACUAGAAACUGUCCAGAGUAAUAGCAGAAGUAUUGUGUAAAUUUGAGUUCCUCCUUCCCUUGAAUGCUGUGCAUUGUCCUACCUUAUCAAAAAUGAGUUUCCAAGGCAUUAAUGAGCAACUUCCACUGAAGCAUGCAAGUAUACUUUGUACUUCUGAAAAGUCACGGGGACAGUCAUUUAAAAGAGUAAACAAAACCCCAAAAUGCAAAAGGAGACAAUAAUAACCGGAGGAUUAGAGGCUUUUAGAUGAGGAACAACAGUUGAAUACUGCUUUUAUUCCACUCUGAAGAUACAACUACACAAAUUAGUACAACUGUUCCCCAUAUAGCAGUGAUCAGCACAAAAACGUUUACUGGAAAUUGCUAAGAAACAGGCAUUUUCAUGACACAAGGGGAAAAUGACAACUCAUAAAACAAAGUUAAAAAAUUAAAAAUUACAGAGCUACAAACGAGACCAACUUACAGAAUUUCUGCUGAAAAGACAUUAUUAAGGCAGUGCAGCCUUCUACCAAGCUUUGGUGACUUUAGGAAUAGUCAGUGUUUUCACUGAAGGUGAAGGAAAAGUUUGUCUGAGUGAAGAGCCUAUGAGCUGCCCAGCAGAGCAAGGAAAUUGCUCUCCAAGACAUGUACAUCUAUGCACAGUCAAGAAUUCCCGUCCCUGCUCUAUCUACCCCUGAUGGUUAUCAGAAGGCAAAUACUGGCCUUGUCGGGAGCACCAAACUCAUCUGAUCUGGCUGUAUUGAUCCUUUAGCACCUUGCAAUUGGAUCUUUUCAUUCGAUACUAUGUAAACAUAUUGCAAGGAUUAUUCCUAUGCCUACCACAGAUCUGGUAAGGGAGAGCUAAUGUUGUAGAAGAUUAUUGCUAUCGCUCCCCUCUGUCAUGCUCAGGGAACUAGGAAGAGAGAGAUUGCUGUUGUGGAAAAUCAGUCCCUCACACUUGCGUUUCAGUGCUAAUACCUCUCUACUGGGCUAAAUUACUGCAGCUGCCUUUCUGCCACUGGCAGACCAGGACAUGAGAUAAAAGAUCAGUAGUACCCUGCUUCUUUCCUGAGCUUCUCUAUCCAGGCCAUUCUUAGAAAAUGAAUUAGCAAUAUCUGUUUUUUCUUAAAAACAGAGAGUCCAAAGGAGGACACCCAACUUCGGUCACUGUAUUGUCUCUCUGUCAUCUCUCUUAUGCCCCAUGUUCUGUUCUCCUCACCCUCUACCCUCCUGUUAGCACCUCCUGAAGCAGAAUCAGGUCUUUCUCUGGUCUUCCUUGUGUGAGAAAAUGGAACCAAUUUAAUUUUUAAAAACGUUUGGCCAAAAUCAGGUCAAAACAUUCCAGAAGUUCAAUGUCAGGAUGCCUUGGCAGUUUGCCUCUACAAAAUUGAGUCAAAUGGGCUCACUUGCCCUGGGUGAAGAGUCCCUCCAUGAAAGGUUAAAAUUCCCACCACACCUCCCAGGCAGGCAGAAAGAGAUAAGGCAGCAGAUAACAGGGAACUUCGUGGCAUUUCCUGCAGCCACCCUCCUGCUGGAGCUGUAGGACCUGGCUUUGGUCCAUUCCCUGUGCAUUUAAAGUGCAGGCACCUGAUCUAUGUCAUCCUAGCUCACAGGGAGAGAGGCAGCUUACGACUUAUACCCAGCAUCCAAACACACGCAUUUAGUUUCAUAGAAUCAUAGAAUAGUUUGGGUUGGAAGUGACCUUGAAGAUCAUCCAAUUCCAGCCCCCCUGCCAUGGGAAGGGACAUCCCACUAUAUCAGGCUGCCCAGGGCCCCAUCCAACCUGGCCUUGAACACCUCCAGGGAUGGGGCAGCCACAGCUUCGCUGGGCAACCUGUGCCAGUGCUUCACCGCUCUCAUGGUGAAGAAAUUCUCCUUAUAUCUAGUCUAAAUCUGCCCCUCUCCAGUUUGUACCCAUUGCCCCUCGUCCUAUCACUCCAAGGUUUUUGUGAACAGUCCCUCUCCAGCUUUCUUGUAGCCCCUUCAGGUACUGGAAGGUCGCUAUAAGGUCUCCUCUUCUCCACACUGAACAACCCCAACUCUCUCAGCCUGUCCUCGCAGGGGAGGUCCUUCAUCUUUGUAGCCCUCCUUCAUAUAUAUACGUUUAAAAACCAGCCGAACUAUGUAGAUUAUAAAGAACAUAAAAGAUAUAUAGCAUUAAAAUAUGUGAAAACACAUGGAUUAUACAAUGUAUGCCUGUACGCAGGUGCGAUUCCGGGGUGGUCCCUGCAGGCGGGGGCUGCGGGAGCGGCUCGGGCCCGCGGGUCCAGGUGAGCGGGGGCAGGGGUGUCCCGGGCCUCAAGGAGUUACGGGGCAGGAGCAGGAUGACUUCACUCCCGCCGGCCCCGUUUCACAAUCCCGCGGCGUUCAGAAGGGGCGAGCACUGUGUCAAGCCCAGCGCGCUCCGCCGCGCACACACCCCCGUGUUCUCACGCCGGAUUUUCCCGGGCCAUGAAUAAUCUCGAAGCCCCCUCGAUAAAUACACGUUCAGGGAUGCCCGGAGCUCAUUCAACCCCACAGCCUCACCGAGGAGAAAGGGACGAGAAACAGCGUCGUCAUGAAGUUUCCCCGGGGCUGCGACUGCGAGCGGGACCGCCCCGCCGCGCUGCUGCUGCUGCUGCUGCUGCCGCUGCUGCUGUCGGGGGCCGCCGCCGCCCCGCUGCCCCCCGCCGACUCCUCCGGGGAGGCUGAGCUGGAGCCGGCGGCGGGGCGGCGGGAGGCGCUGCCCGACUGCGUGCGGCUGGCCAGGCUGCUGCACGCCCGGGCCGCCCAGCUGCAGCAGGAGAUGUGCGAGAAGUUUACCGUCUGCGAGAACAGCAUGGAAAUGCUCGUGCGGAACAACCUCAACCUCCCCAAGGUGACGGAGGAAGAUGGGUGUAUGCUCGCCGGCUUCGAUGAGGAUAAAUGCUUGAAGAAAAUCUCCAGUGGGCUUUAUACAUUUCAGACGUACCUUCAAUACGUACAAGAAACUUUUGUCAGUGAAAAGCAAAACAUCGAAUCGCUGUGCUAUAGCACAGAGCACCUAGCACGCACCAUAAGACAGAUGGUGAUCAAUCCUGAUGAAGUGAUCAUCCCGGACUCAGCUACCCAAGAAUCGCUCCAUGCCAAGCUGAAGUCCGAUAAGACUUGGAUAGAGAAAAUCACCACCCAUCUUAUCCUCCGAGACUUUACUUCAUUUAUGGAGAAAACCGUGAGGGCCAUUCGCUAUUUGAAAAACACCAGGAGUAUCAGUGUCUGAAUGUUUUAAUUCAGGCACAAUCCUUUGUUACAAAUCUGUCAUGUGGCAGAUGACAGUGUUGUUCUGUUUUAAGAACCAGAAAUAGUAACAAUGAUUUGCAUUUUUAUAUAUUCUUAUUUCCUUCUAGGAACCUAUUUAUUGUAUUUAAAAUAUUUAUUAAAAUGUUUCCUAUUUAUUUUUCUGAUAUUUAGAAAUAAUUUAAACAAAGAAUGUCUUUUAUUUCAUUUCUAAUGGUACUAUUCAGAAUAUCAACUUAUUAAAUACGUAUUCAAUGAAAAAUAUUUUCAGAAGA